AUGGGCUGGUUCAAGGAAAAGGACGCCGGCAAGGAGCCUCCCAAGUAUGAGCACACCGAGAACGCUCCCGCCCAAGCGGCGCCAGCAUCUGUCGCCGGCGGCCUCGGCGGCGAAGGCGCAUCAUCUCGCGACGCCGCUCGCGACGAGAACGUCGCCGACGACGCCUCGUCCGUGGACCACGUCGGCGACGCAAAGAAGCCCACCGAGAAGCUCACCCGGCGGCAGAAGCUGCGCAACCAGCAGCAGAAAGUAAAGGCGCACUGCCGUCGCUUCUGGCUGUGGUACUUGAUAGGCACCAUCAUCUUUCUCGCGAUCCUGCUGCCGAUUGUGUUCAAGGUGAUUGUGCCGGCCAUCGUUCAGGCCAUCCUCAACAAGCAGGACCUCCCCGUGCACAGCGGCGCGCUCAAGGCCCUCACGCCCGAGCGCGUCAUCCUCUCGCUCAACACGUCGCUCGACACGCCCCUGCCCGUCAACAUCGACGAGCUGCCCCUCUACCUGUACAACAGCGACACGGAGCCCUACUCGCCGUUCGUCACCCUCACGCUGCCCGACCAGCGCGUCAGCGGCGACACCCCCGCCAUCAUCACCAACCAGACCGUCUCCGUCACCAACCAGACGGAGCUCGUCCGCUGGUUCAACCGCGUCUUCACCCAGGACGAGGUCGAGCUGUCGGUGCGCGCCGACCCGACCAUCCACCUCGGCGAGCUGACCUCCACGCCGCACCUCGACAAGACUAUCAAGCUGCCCGGGCUCAACAACCUCAAGGGCUUUGGCAUCACGGACUUGACCGUCAUGCUGCCCCCCAAGGAUGGCAAGAACAUCAAGGGCACGCUCAACCUGCCCAACUCGGGCGUCCUGACGCUCGAGAUUGGAAACCUCACGCUCAACCUCCUCUCGGGCAAGAUCCGCCUCGGAGAGAUUACCAUCUACGACCUCGCCCUCCCGCCGGGCAACAACUCGUGCGCCUUCGACGGGAUGCUCUUCCUCGACACGCUGGGCCCCAACCUGGCCACCAUCCUCGCCGACCAGGCCGGCCCGCUCGGCCGCGGCGUCAUCGAGCUCAACGCGACGGGCAACGCUACCGUCGUCAACGGCGUGCACAUCCCGUACCUGGAAGAGGUGCUCAACACCAAGAAGCUCACCACGUCCAUCUCCGUCGUCACGCUGCUGAGCGACGUGCUGAGCGGCGUCGUCGCCGGCGCCGGCAACGGCACCAGCUCCGGCAACAACCUCAUCGACGUCCUCGGCGACGUCCUCGGCAACUCGACCUUCCUGGGCCACGUCGUCGAGCACUGGAACACGACGGCUGGUGGCGGCGGGGACUCCAACAAGGCGGCAAACGCGAAGAGGGCCGCCCAGAGAGGCUCCAUGGUGUGGAGCAUGCUCAAGCUGGGCAUGAAGAUGAAGAGGGCAAAGGGGUUAUGA